GGCCAUGCAUCUGCAGGAUGAGAGGCAACGGCCCCAGGAGUUAAAUAAUCUGCAUCAUCAUGGAUUCCUCGGCGGUGCCGGCCCCAUGCGUGGCGUGGGUUCAGGAAGUUCCCGUGGGCGGCGCGUAGCCCAUUCACGGCGGCCACGGGCGGCGUCUCCUUCUGCCGACGCCCGCCCACGCGUCCCUCGCCGGUGCAUGCACCUUGCACGCCUCGAUACUUCCGUAUGUAUCCCAAUCUAUUUGUUUUUAUCCAAAUGCCUCCAUCAAUCAACUGAAAGAAACAGAUCACUAUCUCUCAGUCCCACGCUCCGUUUACAAUUACGUGGUCGUCUAAAGUUGUACCAAAUCCUCUUUAUUAUUAUUAUUAUUAUUAUUUAAUUUUCUUUUGUUUUUUCGCUCACCUUUUUGUUCCUACUCCUGUACUCUUUGCCAAAACCAACACCCAUCUCAAUUGCAUGCACCACCACCACCAUCUAUAAGCACCUUCCAUGGCUGUUGAAGCUCAUCAUCUUCUUCCUCUCUUCGCUUCCCAACUUCUAGGAAACCAGGAAAUUGUUUCUGGUAUCGAUCAGGAUCAAUCAAAUAUCCACGACAUGCAAUUAUUGGGAUACGCCGGACCUUUGCUCCCCCUCGGGGACUCAUCUGCUCUGCUUGCCUCCGAGAACGGCGGCCUCUACGGGAAGCGGCCUCGCGAGAGCUUCUCCUUCAUCGGAGAGGAUUUCUCCUCCAACGUCCAGCAGCAGUUGCUCCACCUCGACCGCCUCAUCCUUAAUCAUGUUGCGAAGGUGAGGAUGGAGCUGGCGCAGCGGCUGAGGCGGAUCCUGGCGACGGCGGAGGAGGCGGCGUCGAAGCGACUGAAGGAGAAGGACGAGGAGGUGGAGCGGGAGCGGAAGGUCACCUUGGCGCUGGAGGAGCGCGUCAAGAGCCUCUGCGUCGAGAACCAAAUGUGGCGAGAAUUGGCGCGGAGCAGCGAGGCGGUCGCCCUCGCGCUGCGGGCCGACCUCGAGCGGACGUUGGCGGCGACGGUGAAGGCGCAGGCUGCGGCGGCGGAGGACGCCGAGUCCUGCUGUUGCGGCGACAGCGAGGAGGAGGCGAGGAGGGCGUGCCGGUGCUGCGGGGAGAGGGAGCCGGAAGUGCUGCUGCUUCCCUGCCGACAUCUCUGCGUCUGCGCCGCCUGCGGCCCGGCGGUGGCCACCUGCCCCGUCUGUGACUGCCGGAAAAACGGCAGUGUGCUUGUCAACAUGUCUUAAAUUUCUCAAUUUUCGGAAAUGGAAAAGAAAUUAGGAAAUAAUUCACUCCUAAGCGAUUAUUCUUAACCUUUUCAACUGACGCCAUACGACAAGUUUGGGCGCUUUGAUAGGGACCCUCCCACGGACGGCUAACGAAUAGCGCGUGUGAGUACUUGUGGACCCUCGUGAAACAGUGCCGUGUCCUCGUGCUGGAGCGCCGCGUGUCCGCUCUCCUUUCUGGGUAGCCAGUCCCCUGGUCAACGAACGCCAGCGGAGUGGACCCAUCCCCCAAGCCAGUCCCACCACGGAGCAGGUACUGCAUUGGACGCAUAUGGUAAAUUUUUAAAUUUUAAUUUAAGUUAAAUUGAAGAAAGUCUACAAUUUUUUGUAUUAAUUUAUGUUAAAUUAAUUAAUUAUUUAAAAACUUGGAAUAAUAUUGUUAUGAUUUUAACUAAUAGGAGUAUUAUUUUUUUAUUGAUUUGGUUUGGAAAUUUUGGGGCAUAUAAAUUAAAAUGUGAUAGCUGAUUGAUUGCUAUAGGAACUAGAAACAAGUGGGGCCAAUGGUGAGCCAAUUUGUCCCUAGGGAGUUAAUUAGUGGUCUCCAAUUGCGUAAUGGAAGGUGUUGUCCACAUUGGAUUUUUCCAUUAUGAUAAAAGACAACAAAA